AUGAAGUUCACCACCGCCUUGUUCGCCCUUCUUUCGGCCUCUGCUGCCAUCGCCGCCUCCGUCGACACGAACGACUCUGGCCUUACGACUCUCGGUGAGCGCUCUUUCGAGCGCAAGGCUCGCCACGUCGAGGCUGUUGCGCGCUCGACUGAGGACGACCUUGAGAAGCGCGACUGGGUCUCCAAGUGGGGCAAAGUUACCUGGUACGCUGGCGGACAGCUUGCUAACCCCGCCUGCGGCGGACCUACGCCGACAGACAACUCGAAAGUUGUCGCGGUCAAGAAGAACGGAGGAUACGGAAAGUGCGGUGAGACGGUACACCUUCACUACAACGGCAAGAUGGUGUCGGCGACAAUUGUCGACUACUGUGAAGCGUGCUCUUGGGGACACUUCGAUGCCACCAAGUCUGUCUUCAAGGCGCUUGCACCUCUUUCGCAGGGCGUUAUCGAGGGCAUCCACUUCAAGCUCUUCACCAAGAACUGA